AUGGCCAAAGAGAAACCGAACCAUCUUCUCAGUUCUGAUGCUUUCAUCCUAUCCUCAGUCUCAUCAGCUAAUUGUCUUGAGGAAGAUAGAGAUGGAGUGUUAGUAGACAACGCUCACAACGAGCCGACCGGAGAGAAAAUUAGCAGUAGUAGCGAUGAUAAGCCUCCUACUGCAGCCUCCGUUAACGUUUUGUUGAGACAAGCGUUGCAUGCUGAUGACAGAAGCUCUCAAGCUUCUGAAUUCUCUUCUGCCAAUACUUCAAUCAAGGGGUGCGGUUUUAGCUUGUACGGGUUCCGUGGAUUAAGUGUAUUGUUACUUACUCAUUCCAGUGGGAUUAUGUCUCGUUACUUAAGCUUUAACUGCUCUGUUGGUAAAACAGAAAGUUUGAGGAUUGUGGACGACUUGGAUGAAGAAGAAGACGAAGGUGCAGGUCCAGUGAUAUAUGAGGAAGAAAGAGAAGGAACAGAGGAAGCAAUUGCGACAGAUGAAGAAGCAGACGCAUCAGGGGAUGAAGCAGCUGAUGGUGUCACUGAUUUUGAAGAUUUUGACUACAUGAGUGACUGA